GGAGGAAACACAUCGCAGGGAACUGACACUGUGUCACAAACCGGCAGCGAGAAUUCUCGUAUGAAGCUGUGCGUCAGGUUUAAAACGUGCGCUGUUGUUUCGGGACCAAGUUUGGCCAAGUCGGAGCGAGCGUGGUGACACCGCUCUGUGCCACAAAGCUGCGGGACAAGUUUGGAGAGGAGAGAGAAGAACUCGCUAUCACUAUUUUUAAAUUCGAUACAGUAAAACAUUUUUUUUGGGGGGGGGGGCGUGGACGGCACAGGACCAGCAUUGGACAUGUUUGCUUUUUGGCUGCAGUUCCAGACAGCGUAGUGAUGAUGUGCCGGCAGGAAGACGCUGAGAGCGCGUAGACGGAGCGUUUGGACGCGGAACAGUGUCGGCUUUUUUUUUUUGAAGCCAGGUUGUUUUUUUAUUUUGGGGUUUAUUCCAUCAAGGAGCUGCCGUUUGGCGAUGCGCGAGACUCAGAGGACGGAGCGCGAGCUGUUGAGAGGGGAUUUUAGACGCGGCAGCUGCCGUGCGUAACGGACAGAAAUCGGGCCAUGCAGCUAUUUGAAUGACAAUAGUUGGAGGCAUUUACGCUCAUAUUUGUAUAUGGAAAGCUGAUUAUGCACGGGUGCGCGCGGCGAGUCUCUGUGUGCUGCUGAAAUUGAUGUUGAAAUGACAUUUGGGAUUUGAAAGCCUCCGCACGUGAAACUGAAGUGAUCUUCAUUUGUAAAUAUUGACAGGUGUUGCAGUCAAAGGGACUGUGUCUGCUCGGGCUUUUUACGAGGCUGCGUCGGGAACCAAAACCUGUGGUAUGGAUCAUUCAAAACAUUGUUUGCUUUCAUUUUAAUCCUCGCGUUGUUGAAAACAACCUUUUAUGAUGCGUUUAAAAAACCGAAUGGGGAAGUAACCGCCAGCCCAGUGUCCUCUUCCCUCUGAGUUGUAGCCGAUUUGGCAUCAGCCAAAAUGACCAGCAACGGACCUGUCAUCGUCUACGAGUGGCUGAAAACCCUCCAGCUCGCCCAGUAUGUCGAGUCUUUUGUGGACAAUGGAUACGACGAUCUGGAGGUUUGCAAACAAAUAGGGGACCCUGACCUGGAUGCCAUCGGCGUCUACAUCCCUCACCACAGGCAGAGGAUCCACGACGCGGUGAGAAGGCUGAAGGAGGAAGCCAAAGAGACGGCGAGUGCGCUCUACUUCACAUUGGAGCCGAUGCCACCUGCGGCCGAAAUUUAUACCAGUCACAUGGUGGACCAGUAUGAGUCCAAACUGCGGGGAUCCAAGUCCUGGACUGAGCCCAACAGUGAUCGGGUUGGGCGCAUCGGUGGGUACCUGGGCGCGCAGAGGAACCUGACGCUGGGCAACAGGAGAGAGCUUGUGAUUUAUCCCAAGCUGAAGCUGAAGAUCAUGAUCAGGGAUAAACUCAUCAGAGAUGGCAUCAACCUCGCCAAGCCACCGUAUUCUAAUAAGGAUGGUUCUCUGGGCAACAUAGAUGACCUUGCCCAGGAGUACUCUGAGUACUACAACACCUGCUUCAGUGACGUCAGUGAUCGCAUGGAGGAGCUACGCAAACGACGAGUCUCCCAAGAGGUCGACAUGGAGAAACAGGACCCAAGCGGCUCCUCUCUGCAGCUUCGUAAUGAAAUCCAGGAAUCAUUAGGCUUCAGCAGUGAGGUGUCGACUCCAGAAACAGACAGAAAAAUGCCACUGCACAAGUCCAGCUCUGAAGAUGGAUCUGGAGGCAAAUUGGACCACAAGAAGAAAAACAAAUCUUUUUGGCAGAACUUCCGCAAGUCUCCGCAUAAACCCGUCAUGCGACAGACCUCUAAAGGAGAGGACAUCGGCUACGUGGCCAGCGAAAUCACGAUGGGUGACGAAGAGCGGAUCCAGCUGAUGAUGAUGGUGAAAGAGAAGAUGAUCACUGUAGAAGAAGCUCUGGCUCGGCUGAAGGAGUAUGAGCGCAGCAAACAGUCCAGCAGUACUGACACUGCAGAGUGGACUGAUGGAAGCGCACCCAAUCUAAACCAGUCCUCGAACUGCAACUCUUGUGAACAGUCAGAUGAUGAGCAAUCUGAGGACUCUGUGAAGUUCAAACGGCUCCAUAAACUGGUCAACUCGACGCGCCGGGUCAGGAAAAAACUCAUCAAGGUGGAAGAGGGCAAGCAUGGCUCUGAAGAUUUUCUGAAUCUGGAAGGACCUCCCACUUGUGAGGACAACACAGCUCUGUACACUGGGGUCCUAAAGAAACCCCCUUUGCCCCAGGAGGUUUCUCUGCCCUCCCUCGCCCAGGAUCAGCUCUCUCUCGACGGAGACACAGACAGUCUGACGACCUCCCCUUCCUCCAGCAGCUUAGACACCUGGUCUGGUCACAAGCUGGUCAAAAGCUUCAGUAAAUCUUCCAGCACCCACGGUCUCAUACGCCCCCCCAGGAGAACCCCGGUCGGCUCUGGGGUCCUGGGAGGUUCCGUCUCUGGUGUCGGCGGUAGCGGCUCUUCCUUCUCAGAGUUGGAUGGCUGUGGAUUGGAUGACGAGGGGAAACAGUCGCGCUCCACAACUGACGCCGAAAUGCGGAAGGCCUUGAGCUCCAUCUCCCACGGGGUAAGUAACAAUGAGGCCCUCUACGCCUAUUACGGCCUGACUAAACCUCGUCCCAAACCCCAUUCCCAAUCUCGCCUCCUGAUCUCUCUGGAUGACGGUCCACAAAGCAGCCCCAAACACCAACCUGCCAACCGCCACCAUGGCAGCUGGACACACCGGAAACCCGACCCCAACUACGCUUACUCCACCAAGCACCUACUUUACCAGCGCUCACGCAACGCAAAGGCGCCCGUCUCCCCACUGUCUGUCACCCCCUCCUCCCCCGCACGCUGUGAUGUAGCCAAAUCAAAGGGUUUCGGAAGUGGCGGAGGAGGCUGGGUGUUCCCCUCCCGCAGGCUGCGUGGUCGAACAGCAGUCAGCGAGCUGAACAUCACCUAUGUGGUGGAGCGGAGCCUGUACGGUCACCUGAACUGGGCCCAGCUGGUCCGCCCAGUCACCCUCAGCCGCGCCGAGCGCUGUUGUCUUUUGGAGGAGGACCGUGAGGCGGACAGGAAGUGGGCGGCCAGCGUAGACCGCUGCACCAAGCGUGUGCUCUUGCGCAUCCAGCAGAAGUCUAGAACGUGCAGCUUCGGAGGCUUCGACCUGUCCAACCGGUCACUCCAUGUGGUCAACACAGGCUCCGAGGGCAAUAAUAAAGAGCAGGAGGCCAUUUACAGAGAAGUGGUCAAAUCCCCCACUACGUCUCGGAUCUCACUGGGCAAGAAGGUCAAGUCGGUGAAGGAAACGAUGAGGAAACGCAUGUCGAAGAAGUACAGCAGCUCCCUGUCUGAGCAGUCCAGUCCAGAUGGAGCCCCCGGUUCCCCUCAGUCCCCUCAGCCCGACACCGACUCUCUGGAGAAGCCGAAGCUUAAGGCCGGAGGCUCAGUGGAAAGUCUGCGCAGUUCACUCAGCGGACAGAGUUCAAUGAGUGGUCAGACGGUAAGCACCACCGACUCAUCGGCCAGCAACAGAGAAAGUGUGAAGUCGGAGGACGGCGACGACGAGGAGCCGGCGUACAGGGGACCGUUCUGUGGUCGCGCCAGAGUCCACACUGAUUUUACACCCAGCCCGUACGACACAGACUCCCUCAAACUGAAGCGUGGCGAUGUGAUCGACAUCAUCAGUAAACCGCCUAUGGGAACGUGGAUGGGCCUGCUCAACAACAAGGUGGGCACCUUCAAGUUCAUCUAUGUGGAUGUGCUGAGUGAAGAGGAGGAGAAACCUAAACGGCCCGUGAGGAGGAGGAGGAAGGGCCGACAACCCAAGCCCACCUCAGUGGAGGAGCUGCUGGAUCGCAUCAACCUCAAGGAGCACAUGCCCACUUUCCUGUUCAACGGCUACGAGGACCUGGACACGUUCAAGCUGCUCGAGGAGGAGGACCUGGAUGAGCUGAACAUCAAAGAUCCCCAGCACCGAGCCGUGCUGCUCACCGCUGUAGAGCUGCUGCAAGAGUACGACAGCAGCAGCGAUCCGGAGCGCAGCGGCCUGUCGGGCUCCCAAGAGAAGCUGCUGUCUGAGGGCCGAGGCCUGGUGGGAGACUCCCCACGCGACUCCGGCUGUUACGAGAGCAAUGAGAACCUGGAGAAUGGUAAGAGCAGGAAAACGUCCCGUUCCAGUCGUUCCUCGGCAGGACUGCAGUCUCCAGACUACCCCACUCUGCCCAUGACCCUGUCGACGGAAGCCCUGCAGCAGAACAACAAGAACCAGCGCACAAAGUUCCCCAAAAGCUUCUUCAUCAAACCCUCUCUUAAGGGCUUCAACCUGCUGGGGCUGCGUAAAGCCCAAAAACAGUCUCCCAUCCCAGCCAGCCGCAGCUGUGAGGACCUGGACGGACCCCCGGAGACCACCGCACCCUGGAAACGCUCCCACUCCCUGGGCGACCUGCACUGGGAGCAGACUUACGAGCAGAACAAGGAUCUGGAUGUGGAGGUGAAACUCGCCAAGGAAGGAUCCAUCUCCAAGGUCUGCAGAGAUGAGGGUUCUCCAGCUCAGAACGGGACUCCGACAUUGAGCCCUAAAGUGAGAUCUGAGAGACCGCCCAUACCCUCGCAGCUGACUCUCCGCCCUGCCUUAUCUCCACCCCAGUCCCCCAUCCACCCACCGCCUGUCUCCAGUUCUUCUCCAAGUCCCCCUGAGUCCAGUGGGGAGAGGGUCACUCGGACUCACCCUAAAAAGCCUCCAGUCCCUCCCCCCGUCCCUGCCAAAAAGUCUCGAGAAAGGUUGGCCAACGGCCUGCGUAACUCCCCUCUCUCCCUGCCCCCCUCGCCGUCUCCGACUCCCUCGCCUACUCACUCCUUCACCCGCUCUCACCCCAGCAGCCCCAUAAUCCGAAGCAGCAGCAGCAGCCCCGGCGCUCCCGCUCUCCCCGCCAAGACCCCGAGCACCCCCGCCAGCCCCUGUGCCACCUCAUCAGCCUCAUCCAUGGGCGAGGAGCCGCCGGUCCAGCCUCCGUGGCUCGCAGAUCUCGGGGGAAAGGUGGCCAUUUCCAGAAAGGCUUCCCACAGCAAGAUGAGCUGUGACCUGCUCACCCUGCUGGAACAACGGCUGGAGGCUGAAGGCAUUGAUCUCACGGAGGAGCCCUACUCUGACAAGCACGGUCGGUGUGGGAUUCCCCAGCCGCUGGUGCAGCGUUACUCUGAAGACUUGGAGCAGCCGGUCAAAGACGUGGCCUCCACCCUGGACCAGCUCCGAGUCAAAGAGCUCCGCAAACAACACCGCAUGGCUAUUCCCUCCGGAGGUCUGACAGAGAUGUGCCGGAAGCCUCUGCCCUCAGGAAACGUCAGCACCGUCGCCGACUGGCUCGUCUCCAUCGGCCUGCCCAUGUACGCCGCGCCCUUGUCGGCGGCGGGAGUCGACACGCUGAGCCGCGUGGCCUUGUUGACGGAGAGCAGCGUGUGGGAAGCCGGCGUGCGGGACCAGAGACACGCCCGCCGGCUGGUCAGCGAGGCGCGACUGGUCAGCGCACACGGAGCGGUGCAGUCCUAACCGCCGCGUGUGGUUGGAUAACAGGUAUCGACUCACUGGUCAGUACGCGCUCGUUUAAACACGGUCAGGAGGGGAUUAAAGACAAAGGACUGAACCGCAGCACAGUACUUCCUCUUCUCGCACACGUCAAAGACUUGAGUUUGGCGUCUCUUUGUCACUCUGGACUUUCCAAAUGUUUACGUCACUGAGGAGUUUCUCUCAACAGCCAAGACAAGAUCUCAGAUGCCUUUUUAAAAGAAAGAAAAGUGAGACUGUAGACUCUGGGGGACACCCUCGCAAAGUCUUACAAUAAAGACUUGGAUCUGCCUUUAAAGCAAGAUAGCACACUCUUUUGUAUGAUCUUUUCUUUCCUUUUCUUGUCUUUUUUCCACUCAGAGAAAGACAGUUUAUUUCCUGAAUAUUUCAUUCAUGUUCCAUUUCCAUCUCAGCUGGCAAAGCAACGUUAUCUGAGGUUUGUUCCCUCGCGCACACACGGCGUCUCAUUCCUUCUAGGAGGUUCAUUAUGAUGAUGAGGAGGAUGAUGAGGACUGCUACUAAGGCAACGAGUGAAUAACUGGUGGUUUCCGCUACAGCUUCUUCUUCUCUAUUCCUUUUCCUGUAUUAUAGCAUAAUGAGUAUCUUCAUUUGAAAACGAUUUAUAUGUUUAAAAUUUGGUGUGUUUGCCUUUUUUUUUUUUGAAUGUGGACGCCUUUCUGCAUUUCUCAGCUCGAAGCGGCUGACAUCACACGCCCCUUAUAUUUCAUUAUUAUAUACUGUUAUCUCCUGUUCUACUACGACACACAGUAUCUGGGAUGCACGCGCGGGAUGUGGUGGUUGGAUUUACUGCAGCUACCAUGACAACGUAUUCUCUGCGUGUCCAAGGGAGUUUGAAUGACGUUGCCUUACAUGUUUGAAUGUGUGACACACACACACACACACACACACACAAAGAUAUGGACCGUAUGGAACAUACUUUUGAGGGAUUGUGGCUUUUUUUUUCUUCUUCUUCUUCUUCAUGCAAAAGCUCGAGAUGAUAAAUCAGAAAAUUACAGACGCACGAUGACAAAGUGUGAAAGGAUGGUGAACACUAACCCCCCCCACCACCACCCACUACCUCCCAAACCCGCUCAACGCGUUCACUGAACAUGUUCUCCAUGUAGAGAGUUGUGGGACAGAGAGGAGAGAAUAAAAAUGUUCCAAAGACGCCGCUGAUAACAGCGUUUUAUUGGUCUGUCGACACUCUGGUGGUUAAACGCUCGGGAAAUUAAGAUUCAUCGCUGGAUAAUGAGCUGUCUGGGACUUUUUAAAACAAACGGCACAGUAGCUGUAAUUACUUACCUAGUCAGAAAACACAAACGCACCGAGUGUGGGCGGGCGGGGCAGGGUGGGGUGGAGUCAGAGCCGUCGUCAUAUCAGGUGAAAAGUGACAUUAAACAGUUGAAAAUCAGGGAAACGUGUGUCUGAUCAGUCUCUUACGAAAUCCCCAAAAACAACAAAACUGAAAACAACCACAAAGUCUUGUGGCUCCGUCGUUUGCACAAUUGCUGCAUCACCUUGUAAUAUUCUUAAUUUGUGUUGUUGUUUUUUUCACAGCCAGAGCUGAACCGAAGGUUUACUCCACGGACGUCACGUUUAAAUUUGACCGUUCUCGCUAAAUUUGCUUCCUUUUUUUCUUUUGUUUUUGUUUUGUUUUGUUUUAUUUGCAGUGGGCACUUGAUAAAUAGAUUUUUUUUUUAGUCUGAUGCCUUUUCUUCAAUCAAGGUGGUUCUCUGGGAAAGUGAGAGCAGGCGGUCACUAUUAAAACAAACUAAGUGUUUUGUAAGGAAUGAGAAGACUGACACUGUAAAUGCACUUUAGAGGGUAAAUCUAGCUGUUUUCUAGGUGACAUUGGCCACAGUUUGUUCAGUUUGUUGGCAGAUAUUAUCAAGGCUUUCACUUGGUGAUGCUGGUAUUAUUAUUAUUAUUAUAAUUUAGUCUUGAAUUCCCGAUUUUAAUAACAUUUAACAAGUUAACUUGUCCGGGCGACUUACUUCCAGUCUGUUUUUAAUUCUUAAUUACAUAUAUGAAAUGCUCCGCAGACGUUGCACAUUCUGUAUAUGUAAUUGAUAUUUAAAUAACUUAUUUUUAUUUUUUUUUCUGCUUCUUUUUUUUUUUUUUCCCACACCGACUGUAAUUAGCUGUACGAUAAUGAAUAGCAAUACCUUCCUGCAUAAUGCAUAUUGCUUUAGCCAGUGAGGAACAUACAGUAUGUAUUGUAAGAUAUGUGUACAAAUUUAUUUUAUUUUGGUUUUCAUCUACCUAAUGAUUGUCCAUAAAGAUUUGCCUGUGUAUCGAUAAAACAACAAAAGUAAUGUCCAUAACUAUUUGUCGUUCUUAAGUAUAAUUAAAAAAAAGACUGUUUCUUGCCACA